UGCCUUUUCCUCCAAGUUACUAUCCAAACUUCUUGCAAUUCUUCAAUUAAUUUCACUUUAAUUUAAAUUAGUUCAAAUAACAAAGAUGAUUACACGUGGCGCAUCGAGGUUGGCGCGUUCUAUGAUGUCUCACAUUGGUCCACGUUACUAUUCAAUUAUAUGUCCGGUGGCCGGAAAUGAAGCCGGAAACGGAGUUGUUACCGGUGCAUCAUUCAAUUUCUUGCAUGGAAAUUCUAUCAAGGGUUUCGAAAAGACGAUGGUGACAUACGUUAAGUACUUUUCAACUAUGAAUUCGCAUAACAACACAAGUACAAUGAAUUUGAGGGACAAGGAGAAAAAUGAAGAACAUAAUGGUCAAAGAAAUGCUGAUCAGAGCGGUGGCGAAGUCAACGCCACCGCUCUUAGUAGUGGUGGAAAUAAUAAUAAUAAUAAUAAUAAAGGUAUCGUUAGCUAUUGGGGUAUUCAACCCCCUAAGGUUACGAAAGAAGAUGGUACACCAUGGAAGUGGAAUUGCUUUAUGCCAUGGGAGACAUACAAGGCAGAUUUAUCGAUUGAUAUGAAAAAACACCAUGUGCCUAUUACAUUGUUGGAUAAAGUGGCUUAUUGGACUGUCAAGGCCCUUAGGGUACCCACGGACUUAUUUUUUCAGAAGAGGUAUGGUUGUCGUGCAAUGAUGUUGGAAACUGUGGCGGCAGUCCCCGGCAUGGUAGGAGGAAUGUUGUUACAUUGUAAAUCUUUAAGGAGAUUCGAGCACAGUGGUGGUUGGAUCAAAGCACUAUUAGAAGAAGCAGAAAAUGAAAGAAUGCACUUAAUGACAUUCAUGGAAUUAUCAAAACCAAAAUGGUAUGAACGUGCACUUGUCUUAAUAAUACAAGGCAUAUUCUUCAAUGUUUAUUUUAUGACCUAUAUUUUGUCACCAAAAUUGGCACAUCGAAUUGUUGGUUACUUAGAAGAAGAAGCUAUUCAUUCCUACACUCAAUUUCUUAAAGAAUUAGAUGAGGGAAAUAUUGAAAAUGUAGCUGCACCGGCUAUUGCUAUUGAUUAUUGGCGUUUGACGCAAGACGCGACUCUUAAAGAUGUUGUCAUGGUGGUUAGGGCGGAUGAGGCUCAUCAUCGAGAUGUCAACCACUUUGCAUCGGAUAUUUAUUACCAUGGACAAGAACUGAAGGACUGUCCAGCUCCACUUGGGUAUCACUGAGACAACAAUUUGGUACUAAUAUUAUACUCUAAAAUAAAACUUAGUAAAGUUUUUUGUCU